AUGCCUCCAAAACGAAAGCAACGCGCAGACGAUGGGGACGGGGCGGAUGAACAGCAGGAAGAACACGCCCGCAAAAGAUUCGCGAUAUUAAAACCCCGCAUUCGCCAUAUCUCGGAACGUAGAAUCAAGACAAAAUGGACGACUUUACCGGAUUCCGUUCAAGAAAAGAUCAAAGAUCUUUUCCAAUCAAUUGAACGGCCGGUUAUCACUAGACACCGUGACGAACGAAAGCGUAUUGACGCCCAAGCCGCUGUUGUUGCAGUGAGAAAAAAUUUAGGGAGGCGGUUACCGCGAAUGCCAUUCCCUCCUGGCACUAAGGACGCCGAUUUCGACUAUGAAGCUGCAUUGGAGGACAAUCGCGUCUUGGAACUUCAAUUGGCCACAGCCACAAAUUCAGCAGAUUUAUUGAGAGCAGAAAUCCACCGGGAAGAAGCGCAGCUUGCAAAAGACAGAGCACAGCUUGAAGAGCUGGAGAAGAAUGCGAAAGCAGCGCAAGCAGAGAGAAAGAGACAAACAAAAAAUGCUCACCCGGUCUUUCGACACCUCGAACAUUCGGCACAACAUUCUGACGGCGGAGGCACAGACUUUACCUUUGCUGGGCCGAAGGAUAAUGGGAGCAUGCUGUGCGAGAUUGAUGCGGAAUCUCAGCUCUAUCCGCUGAUUAAGCAGCUGCGUAGCCAUCUCGAAUCGAUGCAGAACAACGCCGCGCAGCUUGCCGGCCUCAGAGAAGCCAUUUCUCGUUCCCAGUCAUGCUUGAACCUUUUACCGUUACGGUGA